ACAUCGGUCUGAGAAAUUUAAUAAUUUUUUUUUCUGGAUAUUGACUUUGAAUUCAAGAAGCAAAGGAAGGGAAUGAGUCUUAACCUUCUCAUUAAAAUUUAAUAUAAUAAAAUAUGAAAAGCAAUUGCAACUGUAUUUUGUGAGAAUGAAAUUGUUGAUGACAUGUAAAAUCAAAAUAACUAUUUUUUAAAAUUUAUAUCCAAUUUUUUUUUUUUAGCAUCUGAAUAUUAUUUUGAAUCCUGUGCGUGUAAUCACCUUCUUCAAAGGCUUCAUUAACAAGAAAACAAGUAAGGGCGCCAUUGCCUCUCUUCUCCUUAGUUGCUUAUGCGCCGGUCUGCAUAAUAAAGAACUUGGUAUGCUGAUCAUCAUGACAGACGCGGGUUUCCUUGUUAAAAACCAUGCAUGGACCUCUCCUUAAUGGUAGCCACACUGAAUGAGAGUGUGAUCAAUCUUAAAUUCUAAAGAUAUGAUCACUAGUGUGUGUGUGUGUGUAAAUACAAACAAUCAAUAUACUUAAAUUCUAAAGAUAUGAUCACUAGUGUGUGUGUGUGUGUGUGUGUAAAUACAAACAAUCAAUAUACUUAAAUUUCUUUAUGCAGAAAUUAAUUAAAUAUUCCACCGAAUCCUUUUGUUUUAUAUCAGUCUUUCAACAUCAUAUAAACCUGUGAAAAAAAGGUAAGAUUUUACAUAAGAAAGAAAAGGCAAUUGUUAUAAGAAGAAGCUCUCUCUCUCUCUCUAUAUAUAUAUAUAUAUAUAUGGAAAUUUUAGCUUAAAUCGUUACUAAUAAUUUUACGUAGUUUUUUCAGUAAAAUUGUUAUUUCACGGGAGACUGUUGAUUAGCAAGGAGGAGCAUGGGUCUUCUUGGAGCAGUUUUUUCAAUUGUGAAUGCACUAGUUCUACCAAUACUAGGGCCUGCAACAAUGUUUCUUUAUCCAGCCUAUGCAUCAAUUCAAGCAAUUGAAAGGCCUUCACAUCGAGACAACAAGCAGUGGUUAUCAUAUUGGAUUCUAUAUUCAUUUAUAUCCCUCUUCGAGAUAACAUUUCUGGUAUUUCUUCAAUGGUUUCCAUUGUGGGGACUGAUCAAGCUUCUGGUUCAUUUGUGGUUAGUGCUACCUGUUUUCAAUGGGGCAACUUUUGUUUAUGAGAAUUACAUGCGGGACUACAGAAAGCUUAAUGGCUUAUUAAACGACUUGAGAAAAAUGAUCCCUGGUGAAGGAUUUUAAUGAAUUAUGCCUUAAUUCGAGGAGAAUAAUGAGCAUUGCCAACAUAUUUUAAAUAUACUUUUAAGUAAUGUUUUUUUUACUAAAAUCUGAUCCAAUUUC